AUGCUUCGUUUUCUCGAUCUGUAUAAAUAUGUUUACCGAGUAGGGCUUUCUAUCGUUGAUGACACCGCUGAAGGUACCUUUGUCUGUUUUGGUGGUGUCAUGACAAAGUUGCAUAAGCUUGAGGCACGCGAGGCUGGUCAGAUGUUGGGUGUCAACCCUGAAGACUCUCCACUUCCUUCGUUCAUUACAGACAUGAAUGGAAAUGGAAAGACAUACACUUUCCAAGUUAGGUUGACUACCUAUAAUUUCACAACAAGCCGUCAAACGUUUGCUAUCACACGCAUUCUUGGUGAGCAUCCGCGUCUCCCGCUUCCUGAUCUCAUCGACAAUGUAAGUCUACCGUAUUAUGUUGUUGCAUUGUUUGACUAUGUGUUGGUUGCUCAUACCUUCCGUAUGUAUCAGCUGAUAACCCAAUGCCUCCUACAUCCGAUUCUGGAGGGAGCAGUGGUGACACAGCUUCGCAAGUCGUGAAGUGGCUACGUAUGUCUUAAGAUAUUAAUAUAGAUUGAAGUACUAUGUUUUUGAAUAAUGCUUAUGCAUGUGUGCAUGUGUUCAUGUGUUCUCCAGUUUACGAAUUGUUUAACCUUUUUUCCACGCUUUUCCAUUACGUGGAUAAUUAAUGUUUGAGUCAGUUGUUGUCCUAUUUCCUUAUUAUGAAAGAGUUUUUGUCAAUGUACGUAUCCUAUUACAUAUCAUGC